CGUGCCUAUUCCCGUCUAUUCGUUCUGUUCAAACAUGGCCGUCAGCUAAACAGACGAUAGUGAAUUUGACAUUUUGAAAUAGCUGUUCAAUAUUUGGGUUUAUUCCCGGACUUCUGGAUCUGCCAUCACUUCAUGCAUUUGGUUAAUUACUAUAGAAAGCAUAUCGGAGACACUUGGGGAUCUACAGAUCCCAGAUUGGCCAGGGUUCUUCCCAUGCAUGUGAUUACAGAUCAAGACUCAGUUGUAAACAAAUCCACAGGUCUUACUUCGCGUGAUAGAAUUUGACACUCGAGGUUAGGCUACUUUCAAAUUAUGGCAGAUGAACAUGAUAUCAUAGGAAGCGCAUCGGAGUUUAUAAAAGAUCGCCUCUAUUUUGCAACCUUGCGAGUGAAGCCAAAAUCUACAGCCCAUACUCAUUACUUCUGCAUAGAUGAAGAACUUGUGUAUGAAAAUUUCUAUGCUGACUUUGGACCCUUGAAUUUAGCUCUUCUCUACAGAUACUGUUGUAAAGUGAACAAGAAGUUAAAGUCGUUCUCCCUCGCCAAGAAGAAGAUUGUACACUACACAAGCUUUGAUGCCAGGAAAAGAGCCAAUGCAGCAUUUCUCAUUGCAUCCUAUGCUAUCAUAUACCUGAAGAAGACACCAGAGGAGGCAUACCGGCCACUUGUUGCAGGGUCUAACCCACCAUUCUUACCGUUCAGGGAUGCGUCCUUCGGAGCUUGUACCUACAACCUCACCCUCCUUGACUGUCUCCAUGGGCUGAGCAAGGCUCUAGCUAAUGGUUUUUUCAACUUUGACACAUUUGAUGUGGAUGAGUAUGAACACUAUGAGCGGGUAGAAAACGGCGACCUUAACUGGAUCGUUCCUGGCAAGUUCCUUGCGUUUAGUGGGCCGCAUCCAAAGAGUCGUCUAGACUAUGGCUAUCCUCUGCAUGCACCUGAAGCAUACUUCCCUUACUUUCGGAAACACAACGUUACAACAAUAGUUCGGCUCAACAAGAAGAUCUAUGAUGCCAGGCGCUUCACAGAUGCUGGGUUUGACCACUAUGAUCUCUUCUUCAUUGAUGGCAGCGUUCCGAGUGACAGCAUCGUGAGACAGUUCCUGGAGUUGUCCGAGCACACUGAUGGAGCUAUUGCAGUACAUUGCAAAGCUGGUCUUGGGAGGACGGGCUCGUUGAUAUGCUGCUAUAUGAUGAAGCACUACAAGUUCACAGCAGCAGAGGCCAUUGCUUGGAACAGGAUAUCUCGGCCUGGGUCCGUCAUCGGGCCACAGCAGAACUUCCUAGAAGAGAAACAAGCUUGGUUGUGGAUGCAAGGAGAUCUAUUCCGAGCCAAACAGAAAGAAAGAAGUCGUGAGCGGUAUGGGGGCGUGUCAAAGAUCCUUACGGGUGUGGAUGACAUGUGUAUACAGGAUGCCCUGGACUCAGACAAGUACAGCUAUGGCAAAUACCAUGAUGAGGACAACAUAUACUCGGGGCCUGUGACAAGGAGUAGUGCCAUUGAGACACAAGGAGACAAGUUGAACCAGUUGAAGAUGCAGAGGAGGCAUCCUCGGUCAGCCACCACUGGAGCACUAGGUGUCGAUGAUGGCAAAGUACACAAGAGGUCGACAACACAGCCUCUACGUAUGGCAGGGUCAAAGAGUGCUCAGGGAGUUAUGUCCCCUUUGAAAUCCUCCAAGGUCUCCUCAGCUGUGCUUGCAAACAACCACGCUAACGCAUCCACCAAGCGCAGUACACGAUUGACGGGAAGUUCACUAACAAGCGCCAAGAGAAAACAUCAACAGUAUUGUUUGAGGAAAACCAUUCAGUCUAGCAGCUGGACUAGGCGUAGCCUUGAUUUAGAAUCAGACUACCAUGAUAAUAAGAGUUUGGACAAUAAAAGCAACCUGUAUUCUAGUUCGAGGGAUAUUUAUAAAACCACAGCUGAUAUCAACAGUUCCUGGCCCUACAAAUAUCACUUACGCUCCAACUAUACAAUCGGUUCCUCAUACUCGUAGUGUGAAGACCUCCCAUCUACGAUGAUAUCAACCACUGUUCGAGCAACGCCCACCAACCGAGAGUCACAACGUUGUUAUUGUCCAUAUUUCCUGGCGUGAGGAUUUAAGAAUGUGUACAGUUCUAUUUUUAUAGGGGAUUCACUUAGUCACAUACUGCCCUGCUUCAGAUGUAUGUAGAUAUAUUUGGUCAUGUGGAGCAUGGCAGAUAAAUAAACCAGUUACAUGUACAGAAAAACCAACAUUCAGCAUGUAUGCAAACAUAUUUUGUUACAUAUUAAUUAUUAAACAAAUGUAUUAAGAUCUUAACAAAUCAUAUUUCCAUGCCUCAGUUCUUAUGGCUCAUAAGGAAUGUUUUACCUAUUCUUUUAAUAUGUUACAUGUAGUAUUAAAUUACUUGGAACAUUUUAAAAUGAAAUUUCUACACAUGAACUAUAUAUGAAACUAUUCUGUAGGGAGUGUAUUGGUUAUAUUUUAAACCCAGUGAAGAAGAUUGUAUUUACACUGGGAGGCGGAGGUAACUGUUGUAUCAUCUAUGCAUGUCAUAAUAUUUAGUACAACACCCAUCUAGCAACGUUGCUCCUGCAGGCGUAUUUACAAGUCUGUUUUAUGUUCUCAUUUCCCUUUUAAUGAAUCAUAAUGACAUGUAUAUUUUUAGUCUUAAUACGGAGUGGUCAGAAGUUCACAGUCUGUGUUUAAUAUCCUGGUUUUUCCAAGUUUUAAUCUUAUCCUUAUGAUUAAUGAUUGCAUUAAAAGAUAUAUAUAUAUUGAUUGAUGAAUAGAUAUUUCCAGCAUGAACACAUCUUGGUGUUUAGGUGGCGAGAUAUUAGACUGUUUUGAUUAUAUCAGAGUUGUUCUGUGAUAAUGGCCUCUUUUAAGGUUUGCAUGUUACGUUCUGUUCUUUUAUACCAUGUUGAUGUGUCUAACUCACAUGGUUGAAAUUUGCUGUUCCCCCGUUGUUGGUUGGUGUAUGGUAGUUACAGGUUUAUAUACCAAUCUCUAUACAAAUAUUGAAAGGAGCAGUGCUCAGUAUUUAUUUAUUCUAAAGGUUUUAGGUAGACAUUUUUAACAUGUGAUGCAAAUGUUUGCUUCUGUUCUGAAAUAUAAAUGACCUGCUCACUUGGUAGUUUUGUUUGACAAAUGGAUUCCACUUUUGAAGGUCGGAAAUAAUGCAUGGUAAUUAAUUAGUACCACCUGUCUAUAAUAUGACUGUAGCAAGCUAGGUUUGUUACUGUAUUUUUGUAUGUUAACCCAUAUUUAUUAAAUGCUUCUUAUGAAACAUGUCAAACAGUUUCUCAUGUUUGCCAGAUUUUCUAAAUGUGAAUUGUGUGCACAGAAGUGGAGGUUCUACCAUUUGCUGCCUUGGUUAAUUUCUGUCGAGUCGAUCAUCCAAAGAUUGUUUAUUAUUAAAAUCUUCCUUAAGUGUGUCAUUUAGAGGGCCAGUUGGAAAUGAGUGUGUAUGUGUGUGUGUACUAAUAAUAGUUUAUAAAGUUUUCAUUUCACUAGAACAAUAAUUGUUUUCAAUGACUGUCAAAAUUGAGCAAUCAAGUGAAUUAAAAUUUACUCAUGAUUAAUUAAACUGAUGAAAGUCUAUGGAUAAGUUUUUGGAAAGUUUUAUGAAAUAAAUAUAAAGGAAUUGGUUUUCAGUUUGUAGAAAUUUAAUGUGAGAUGAUGCCACAGCUAUUACAAGCAUAAUGUUGAUGUGAGCGAAGCAAGCAAUAACACUUGUAUGGUUGAUGAAGAGAAGUUUAUAUGAAGAGAUGGUUCGCAAUAAUAACAUUUCUCUGUGAUCUCUGUAAGGAACAAAAACUAUCUGCUGCCUGCGAACAUAAAGUUAUAAAAACAAUUCUUUGUGACAACCAGAAGCCUGAAGCAAGCUUUCAUUAUGUAAAUAAACACAUUCAGAGAGUUGUCUCCCUUCAGUUGACCAAUCCUCACAUUGAAAAACAUGAUGAUGGUCUUUAUGAUGUGUCAAUAACACAUAAUCUGACUUACUGCAGUUCACUAUACGUUCACAUUUCUGAAAGGACAAAAUUAACUGUUUUCAUCAUUUUAUGUGAUAAAUUUAUGGCCAAAGAUAAAACUAUUUGUAGACUAUUACUAUGAAAGUAAUUAAGAAUUCUGGCUAAGUUCUUCCUUGAAAGCUGCAGUUUGGAGAACAAUUGACCAUGUUAAACUGUAGCUAGACUGUCUCCUGGUCUCUUGUCUUCUUUUGGGAUCAGCCAGCUGCUUCUUUCCCUGCUCCUGUAUGUGGGCUUUAGUUUGUCGGCAUGUUAGGGUGUAACUGUACAUGCUCAUAGAAGGAUUGUCAUGGUUGUAUAUUUGAUACUAUUUUAUCAUACAAUGCUAUUGACAUUUAGAAAAUAUGAAUUAAAAUAUAUUACAAUGAAA